AUGGUGUUUACUGAUUUCACCUCCGGGCAACCCCUGCAGCAGUUCAUCACCAGCACGAAUUUCUCUGGCUACCAGAAGCAGCUGGCCUCGUUCGACCUGGAUGCACGCGAAAGGGACAUUUUCUCCCGGUUCUGGGGACUGGGUCUCUGGGCCGGCUUGGUGAUGGACGGGUUACACCAUCGUCGGCACCGACACCAUAUUAUCCGCCUCUCGUGGCAGAAAUAG